AUGCCGCGCUCAACAGCAGAAACUAUGGAAACAACAGCUCAACAAAGCUGCAGAGGGUAUAUAAAGACAAGUCAGCAUGGGACCGACCGUCUCGUCGCCUCUCCGAAUCGUCGCCUAUCCGUCUCGUCGCCUCUCCGUCUCAUCGCUUCUCCGUACCGUCGCUUCCCCGAAUCGUCGCCUGCCCGUAUCAUCGUUCUCCACGUCUCGCCGCCUCCCCGUCUCGCCGCCUGCACGUCUCGCCGCCUCCACGUCUCGCCGGCUCCCCGUAUCGCCGCCUCCCCGUCUCGCCGCCUCCCCGUCUCGCCGCCUCCAUGUCUCGCCGCCUCCCCGUAUCGCCGCCUCCCCGUCUCGCCGCCACCACGACUCGUCUCGCCGCCUCGACAUCUCGCCGCCUCCCCGUCUCGCCGCCUCCCCGUCUCGCCGCCUCCACAACUCGUCUCGCCGCCUCCCCGUAUCGCCGCCUCCCCGUCUCGCCGCCUCCCCGUCUCGCCGCCUCCACGACUCGUCUCGCCACCUCCAUGUCUCGCCGCCUCCCCGUAUCGCCGCCUUCCCGUCUCGCCGCCACCACGACUCGUCUCGCCGCCUCGACAUCUCGCCGCCUCCCCGUCUCGCCGCCUCCCCGUCUCGCCGCCUCCACAACUCGUCUCGCCGCCUCCCCGUAUCGCCGCCUCCCCGUCUCGCCUCCUCCCCGUCUCGCCGCCUCCACGACUCGUCUCGCCGCCUCCACGUCUCGCCGCCUCCCUGUCUCGCCGCCUCCCCGUCUCGCCGCCUCCACAUCUCGCCGCCUCCCGUCUCGCCGCCUCCCCGUAUCGCCGCCUCCCCGUCUCGCCGCCUCCCCGUAUCGCCGCCUCCCCGUAUCGCCGUCUCCCCGUCUCGCCGCCUCCACGUCUCGUCUCGCCGCCUCCACGUCUCGCCGCCUCCCUGUAUCGCCGCCUCCCCGUAUCGCCGCCUCGCCGUCUCGCCGCCUCCCCGUCUCGCCGCCUCCACGACUCGUCUCGCAGCCUCCACGUCUCGCCGCCUCCCCGUCUCGCCGCCUCCCCGUCUCGCCGCCUCCACGUCUCGCCGCCUCCCCGUCUCACCGCCUCCCCGUCUCGCCGCCUCCCCGUCUCGCCGCCUCCCCGUCUCGCCGCCUCCCCGUCUCGCCGCCUCCACGUCUCGCCGCCUCCACAUCUCGCCACCUCCCCAUAUCGCCGCCUCCCCGUCUCGCCGCCUCCACGUCUCGCUGCCUCCCCGUCUCGCCGCCUCCCCGUCUCGCCGCCUCCCCGUCUCGCCGCCUCCCCGUCUCGCCGCCUCCCCGCAUCGCCGCCUCCACGACUCGUCUCGCCGCCUCCACGUCUCGCCGCCUCCCCGUAUCGCCGCCUCCCCGUCUCGCCGCCUCCGUGA